AUGGCAAAGCACUGGCACAUGGUGUGUCUGUGGAGUUUCUGGCACCUCCAGACUCUCAAUGUUGCAGCUUUUAAUCUGGACACCCAGAGAGUGCUGCAGAAACGUGGAGAUCCUGGAAGCCUGUUUGGAUUCUCUGUUGCUUUCCACCAGCAGCUGACCCCGACCUCAAAGAACCUAUUGUUGGUUGGAGCUCCAAGAGCGAAACACGAGAAGGAAGUGAAUGUUACUGGAGUUGUUUACCAGUGUGAUCUAAAGAGCACGUCUGAGCGCUGCCAGCCCAUUCAGUUUCAUAACAAAGAUUUUCUUAAUAGUAAAAGCAUAAACAACCAGUGGAUGGGAGUGAGAGUGGCGAGUCAAGGUCCUGGUAAAAACAUAUUGACGUGUGCUCAUCGGUUCCAGCAGUGGAGCCCGAGCCCGGGUCCCAACACCGCCCGGCUGGUGACGGGCCAGUGUUACCUGCUGGGAGACGAGCUGCAGGUGGGGACGGAGGACAGGAAGUGGAGGAGGGUCGUCUGUGAUAACGAGCACCUGACCAGACGUCCAAAGGACCACGAGUGGUUCGCUUACUGCCAGCAGGGCCACGGAGCCGCGUUUGCAAAAGACAACACGUCUGUGAUCUUUGGAGCUCCGGGAGCGUAUCAGUGGAAAGGAGUCGUGCGACUGGACCCCUUGGACAACCAGGACAUCGACGCUCCUGAUUCUCGUGAGAUCGGCGACAUCGACCAGUUCAACCCAAAUCUCAUUCCUCUCCAAAGAAGCAGCUACCUGGGAUUCUCCAUCGACUCUGGCACGGCUCUGGUCCGACGGGGCGAGCUGACCGUAGUAUCCGGAGCGCCCCGAGGCGGUUUCAGCGGGAAGGUGUUGUUCCUGAGAGCCGACCCGGUGCUGAGCAGGAGUCUGUCUGUGGAGCUGGUCCUCUCCGGGCCGGGCCUGGCCUCCUCGUUUGGCUACGACGUGGCAGUGGUGGAUCUCAAUGGUGAUGGGUGGGAGGACCUCGCUGUCGGAGCCCCGCAGUUCUUUGUUAAAGACGGUUUGGUUGGAGGAGCCGUCUACAUUUAUAUCAACAACAAAGGAAGAGACUGGGACAAGAUCGUCCCGACGCGGCUCCUCGGACAUAAAGACUCCAUGUUCGGCCUCGCAGUGGAAAACAUAGGAGACGUCAAUCAGGACGGUUAUGGAGAUUUAGCUGUUGGAGCUCCGUACGACGGCUCUGGUCGAGUGUUUCUUUACUACGGAUCAUCAGAAGGAAUCCACUCGGAGCCGGUUCAGGUUCUUUCACCAGCAUCCAGAGAAGUUUCUCUGUUUGGAUAUUCUCUGUCUGGAAACCUGGACGUGGACAGCAACCAGUUCCCUGAUGUGGCUGUGGGCUCGCUGUCGGAUUCUGUCUUCGUUUACAGAGCGAGGCCGGUGGUCAGCGUCAGCAGCUCUCUGGAGGUGACGCCAGCUGAAAUAAACAUCAUGAAGCAACGAUGUGACACGCACACAUGUUAUUUUGCAGCUCGGGCAUGUUUCACUUACACAGCACACCGAGCAUCAUUCAACCCGACACUCACGCUCAACUACACUGUUGAGGCUGAUGCUGAGGGGAGAAAGGCGAGACUUCCUCCCAGAGUCGAUUUUAAAGGUUCGUCUCGAGGAAAACUGGAACUUCCUGGACAGAAGAGAGAAAUCUGUACCGACCUCCAACUCCGACUUCUGCGUGAUAUCAAGGACAAGCUGCGUAAUAUCUCCGUCUCCGUGGCCGUGUCUCUGUGGAGCUCCAGUUCAGAUCUGCCAAACAUCACUCCUGUCCUCAACGUCUUCCAGCCGAACAGGGCCGUCUCCGAGAUUGUCUUGAUAAACAAAGGCUGCGGCCCGGACAACAUUUGCCAAAGUAACCUGGAGUUACAGUACAAGUUCUGCUCCAGAAAAAUACUAAAUAAUCAAGAUGUGUUCAAAUCACUCAGCAGAGAGGACGGCGUCGCAGUGAUCACGCCGUCAGAAGAAGACGUCGCUCUGCAGAUCACCGUCACCAACAGAGACGGAGACGACGCCCACCAGAGUCACGCCGCCAUCCGCCUCCCGGACACGCUGCAGUACAACGCCGUGCUCCACGCCACACCAUCAGAAACAGCAGUGAGUUGUACAGCGAACAACAAAGGGACGCUGAUAAACUGUGAGCUGGGAAAUCCACUGCAGAGAGACGCUGAGGUUACUUUUUAUGUCUUACUCGCAACUUCUCGCAUCUCACUGAGUACAAAGGACGUCAACGUCACUGCGCAACUUGAAACGACGAGUGUGCAGACCAUUGAGCCAGUCGAGGUGUUAGCCAGAGUGGUUUUUGAGCUGGAGCUGCAAGUAUAUGGACUGGCCAGGCCUUCUCAGGUGUCGCUCAGUGAAAGCUUGAUAGGAGAAAGCGCCAUAACGUCACCAGAGGAGAUCGGAGCUCCGGUUCAAUAUGAAUUCAGGAUAACAAAUCUUGGCAGACCACUGAAAUCCUUCGCUAAUGCAUCACUGAACAUCUUCUGGCCGAAGGAGAACUCGGAUGGAAAAUGGCUUCUGUACUUGACUCAGAUCAGCAGUAAAGGUGUUCAGUCGGUGUCCUGCUCACCUGUGGACCAGGUGAAUCCUCUCAGACAUGUCAAGGGUUGGCAGAGGAAAAGACGUGAAGCUGAACAUGAAGCUCUCUCCACUGAUGGAUUUCUUUCAAAAAAAAGGAAAUACAAAACCUUGACCUGCUCUGACGGGCUGAGCUGUGUGGAGAUCUGCUGCCCCCUGCUGGCGCUGCAACGCUCUGCAGCCGUCAUCCUGCACGCUCACCUGUGGAACGCCACCUUCACUGAGGAUUACAGCUCUCUGAACUACCUGGACAUUGUUGUGGAUGCUACUCUCACUUUAACAAACUCUCCAGAGAAUAUUGGACUGAAACUGGAGAAGCCUGGGACAAAGGUAAAACUGACAGUGUUCCUGGAGAGAAAAGUGAUAUAUUUCACCAAAGUUGCCUGGUGGAUAAUCUUCCUCACCGUCAUCGCGUUGCUCCUGUUGCUGGCUGUUUUUGUUUACUUGUUGUGGAAGCGUGGAUGCAUCAACCGCCUCGCUCAGAACAAAAAGCUGUCAGGUGACGGAGAUCCGAACCUGGAGACGGAGACGGAUCACCUGAAAGGCUGAAGGAAACAUGAGGCUCUAAAACACAGGAAUCACCUUAAAGGCUGAAGGAAACACGAGGCACUAAAACACAGGAAUCACCUUAAAGGCUGAAGGAAACACGAGGCUCUAAAACACAGGAAUCACCUGAAAGGCUGAAGGAAACAUGAGGCUCUAAAACACAGGAAUCACCUUAAAGGCUGAAGGAAACACGAGGCUCUAAAACACAGGAAUCACCUUAAAGGCUGAAGGAAACACAAGGCUCUAAAACACAGGAAUCACCUUAAAGGCUGAAGGAAACACGAGGCUCUAAAACACAGGAAUCACCUUAAAGGCUGAAGGAAACACGAGGCUCUAAAACACAGGAAUCACCUUAAAGGCUGAAGGAAACACGAGGCUCUAAAACACAGGAAUCACCUUAAAGGCUGAAGGGAACACGAGGCUCUAAAACACAGGACGCCAUCUACAGCCGCUCAACAAAUAACUCAUUAAGAAGCUUUUCUUCUGUUUUAGAUGCAGGUUUUCUUUUUUGCUACUUUUGUAAAAUAAAAGAGAAAAAACACAUCAACAUACUUUUCUUCAGGAUAUUUUUUAAUGAAGCAGAAAAUAUCACUCAUUUGAUACCAAAAAACUGUUACAACAUGAAAAAAGUUGUGCUAUACUUUCAGCAUGAAGGAAUGUGUGAGUGGGUCGAACUAAAGAACAAUUUACCUGAAAUUCAAUGGAAAUAUUCAGCCACUGACUGCUAAUCUGAUCAUCAAUCUGACUAAUCAAUACUGUUCCUCUGAAAUACUGUUUCUAUUGAAAGUGUGA